CACGAAGAGACGUAUUCCGACUGGAACGUAUGGUCUCAACGAGGGAAGUAUACUCGAUCUCCACCAAAUGUAACCGUCUUUGCCGAUCCGUGCCAAGGGCGAUAAAAAUCGACCGGUAGCCGAGUAGGCGCGAUCUCUCUUUGUGUGGAUUGAGUCAUAACAUAAGCCUCUGUAUAUACACGCUUUUAUAUACUUACAUAUAUGUAUAGAUACAUACAUUGCACCUGUGAUUCUCAGGCAAAAGAAUGCGAUCACCAAAUAUCUCGUGCGUGCGGUGAUUGAUUAUAUACGAAUACCUCUUUAAUUAAGGAAAAAGAAAAGCAAAAGUUGCUAAUGUUACUUUACAAAGUAAGAAAGAUUUCACUAGGAAUGAUACUAAUGUCUAUUUAAAAAAAAAAAAAGUUAGAAAGUAUCAGGACGAAUUGGACUUGAGUCAAGCCGUACAAACUCCAAUUAUUUGCUUGAUUCUGAAAAAUAAGCUUUCUCGUCAAGGUUGUGAGAUUAUGAACGAUUAAAAAGUGACGAGAAAACGAUACGGAUUAUUGCGGAAGAAAACUUGCUUAUCCGUCAGACAUGCCAUUCGAUAGGUCUCCUGUUGUUUUGCGUAUAUAUAAAUAUUUAUCUAAUGUCAUACAACAGGACGAGUUAUUCAUAUAAAAGAUUAUGAAAAUCAUCCGGAUAACUGCACUACCAUUAAAUUUCUUGUAAGUAAAGACUAUCUUUGGAUAUAUUAUGUGAUCGAAUAUAUUAUGUAAAAUGAAAAAUAUACAAUCUCUCAGUUUCACUGAUCACACUUAACGUUUCUUUUCUAGCUCUCUGAGAGACUUUUCCAUAUAUUUUAAUUUGCAAAUAAACUUUCUCGAGCGUUGGGUUAACAGAAAACAGUAAAAAUAGAAGAAAAUAUUGCGAUAUUGUCUAGACUGUUUCAAGAAGAUGACUCAUGCGGAUCCAGGAGGUAAAGAAUAUCUCAAAGGCAGUCACGAUGAGGGUCGCUCAAAUGUUGUUGAGAGAAUCCUUCUUCGUUGAAAGGAUCAGAAAGAAGAAAAAAAAACAAAAAAGAAGAUGAAACGUUGAAACACGAGGCUAGCGAGGAUCGUCGUGAAGCGUCGACCUUGAAACGUACUCGAGGCACAGAGAGACUCGGGAGAGGUUUCGCCUUGGGUAAUCGGUGCCGCGGACUCAAAAACUAGGCCUGCGCAUAUGGUGACGUCACGAACGAUGCCGCCUCGGUAAAACGUGCCGACUGGAGAAAGGAAUCGCUUGCGAGUAAGAAACCUGGUGGGGGUCUGCUUUGGUUAGAGAGGCUUUACGUAUAGAACGGGUAGGCUCGUUCGUUCUCGUUGAAAGGAAAGAGAGAAGAAGAAUAUGAGAAAAGAGAAGGAGAACGACGGUACUCUGGUGGUGGCUGGUAAGAACGAAGCAAGUAGACCGGCGACUUUCACCGUGCAGCUAAGAUCGGCUGGUGUCGGUUCGUGGGUUGGUUCUUAACAACUUGGCCACGCUCUUGGCCCAAACCACGUUAUAAAAAUCCAAGAGAAAAAAUUAAGAAAUAGAGAAAGAGAGAGAGAGAGAAAGAGAAAGAAAGGUUACCGAUCUUCGAUACUUCUUUUUAAAAUCUCAUCGUGUUAUCUUCAUUUUCGUUGUCCUACACACCAAAGUGGAAAAAGACUGAUCACUACGGACAAGGAUUCUCAAGAACCAGCAAGACUUUUUCCAACUCGAUCGACACGCACGUGACGUCCUGCAUUGUUAGCUGUACCCGCAUUGUUGGUUUUGCCAACUUUUUGCUUCACGUUUCUAUCUUAAAACAACUUGUGAGGUGACUCAAUUCAACAUUUCGAAACGAUUUUCUGGAUUUUACGUACAAAUGUGUCCUUUUACCUGGUAAUCCGGUUUGUGGAUUCAAAAGAAGUGAAACAAGGAAAAUGGAUCGUUCCAAUUGUCGCUGAGAGAACGUGAAAUCCUCUUCUUUCUUUCUUUUCUUUUUUUUUUGGGUCACAUAGAGAUCCAACAGAUCCUGGUUUCCUUCGUACGAACGAGAUAUGGCAUUGGUUUAGAUCCUCCUGAAGAGAAAAGAAGAACAACGAUGACAGGGAAACGUCUUUUUUUGGCCCGCUUCUUCAAACGAUUGCGUUUGUUUCUCUGGGCUCUCUGGAUCGUGUUACUCGUUGAAACCGGAGCGUUUCACAAUGAUGUGGAAAAACAAAGAUACGAUGGAUGGUACAACAACUUGGCUCAUCCGAAUUGGGGAUCGAUCGUAGGCUGAUAAGAAAGAUACCUGCAGCUUAUUCGGAUGGUGUCUAUGCAUUGGCUGGCCAAGACAGACCCUCGCCAAGAAAGCUAAGCGAUCUCUUUAUGCAAGGGGAUGAAGGUUUACCCUCCGUUAAAAAUCGAACUGCUCUCUUCGCCUUUUUCGGACAACUGGUCACGUCGGAAAUAAUCAUGGCCAGCGAAAGUGGCUGUCCUAUAGAGUUCCAUCGUAUCGACGUGGAUAAAUGCGAUCCGGUUUUCGACAAGGAGUGCCAAGGUAACAAGUACAUUCCUUUCCUACGUGCCGAUUACGACCGCCAAACUGGACGUAGCCCGAACAGCCCUCGCGAACAGAUAAAUAAAGUAACAAGCUGGAUCGAUGGUAGCUUCAUAUACUCCAGUAGCGAGGCAUGGGCGAACACGAUGCGAGCAUUCAAGAACGGAAGUCUCCUCAUGGAACCGAGCAGAAAAUUUCCCGUGAGAAACACCAUGCGCGCUCCACUCUUCAAUCAUGCCGUUCCGCACGUUAUGAGAAUGCUCAGUCCAGAACGGCUUUAUCUACUCGGAGAUCCAAGAACCAAUCAACAUCCACCGUUACUCUCAUUAGGGAUCCUAUUCUAUCGUUGGCAUAACGUUAUAGCGAGCCGUGUACAACGAGAAUAUCCCGACAUGUCCGACGAAGAAAUCUUUCAGAAGGCACGACGUAUAGUUAUAGGAACACUACAGAACAUCAUUUUAUACGAAUACCUUCCCACGCUGUUGGACGAAGAAUUGCCAGCGUAUACCGGCUAUAAAACUGAUCUCCAUCCAGGAAUAAGUCAUAUUUUUCAAAGUGCUGCUUUUCGUUUUGGACAUACUCUUAUACCGCCUGGUAUAUACAGACGUGACGAAAGAUGCGAGUUUCGAAAGACUAACGCGGGUCAAGCCGCGAUCAGACUCUGCUCUACUUGGUGGGAUUCGAACGAAAUUUUAGCGAAUAGUACGAUAGAAGAAUUAAUCAUGGGAAUGAGUUCUCAAAUAGCUGAGAAGGAGGACAAUCUUCUCGGUACGGAUAUACGAAACAAUCUAUUCGGGCCAAUGGAAUUUUCACGCAGAGAUCUCGGUGCUCUUAAUAUCAUGCGUGGUCGCGAUAAUGGAUUACCGGAUUACAAUACCGCGCGAAAACAUUUCAAGUUAACGCCAAGGAAAACAUGGAACGAGAUUAAUCCUGACUUAUUCAACAAAAAUCCAUCUCUACUGCGUACUCUCGUUGAAAUCCAUUCGAACAAUUUAAAUAACGUUGAUGUUUACGUCGGCGGUAUGUUGGAAUCCAGUGAUGGACCCGGGGAACUUUUUGCUGCGGUUAUUAAAGAGCAAUUUUUACGCUUGAGGGACUCCGAUCGCUUUUGGUUUGAAAAUGAAGAGUCUGGAAUUUUUACAAAAAGCGAAAUUGAAGAUAUACGCCGUGUGACAUUGUGGGAUGUGAUCACAAACGCAACCAAUAUUUCGCCGGACACGAUUCAAAAACGAGUAUUCCUAUGGGAGGAAAACGAUCCGUGUCCUCAACCUUUCCAAUUGAACUCAUCCGUACUCGAGCCCUGUUUACCGUUGCAACGAUACGACUACUUCGAAGGUAGCGAGUUCGUCUACAUCUAUGCCUGCGUUUUCCUCGGAUUUUUCCCAAUUUUAUGCGCUGGAGCCGCUUAUGGCUUAGUAAAACUACAGAACCGACGGAGACGUCGUUUACGUAUACUUCAAGAAGAAAUUCAAAGGAGAAGCGACAACCGAAUUUGCGUCGACAAGAUGGUCGUUCGCGAAUGGCUGCACGCAAAUCAUCGUCGCUUGGUGAAAGUUCGUUUCGGUCCUGAAGCAGCUUUGCAUAUCGUCGAUCGAAAGGGCGAGAAACUUCGUACGUUCGAUUUUAGUGGCGUUAAUACAAUAACCAUAGAAGAGUCUCAGGAAAGCGAAAGCGGGCAUAGAAAGGCGCUGGUAUUGUUACGUAUACCGCGUGAUUACGACCUUGUCCUUGAACUCGAUUCCUUGGCCUCGCGCAGAAAGUUCAUUGCGAAAUUGGAAGCGUUCCUGUCGUCCCACAAGAAACAUUGCACGCUUUUCCAAGUUAACCGCGAUGUUAUGCUCGCAAAAGCGGAAACUAAAGAACGUCGACAAAAGAAACUCGAACAGUUUUUCCGAGAAGCUUACGCGCUGACAUUUGGUCUACGACCUGGGGAAAGACGACGACGAUCCGAGGAUAGCGAUACAGGCGAGGUUAUUACAGCGAUGCGCACAUCUCUGUCGAAAAGCGAAUUUGCUAGUGCUCUUGGUAUGCGUCCUGAUGCAGUUUUCGUGAAGAAAAUGUUCAAUAUCGUCGACAAAGACGGCGAUGGUCGCAUAUCCUUCCAAGAAUUUCUCGAUACCGUGUUGCUCUUUUCUCGUGGCAAAACCGAGGACAAAUUGCGUAUUAUUUUUGACAUGUGCGAUAAGGACAGCAACGGUGUUAUCGAUAAAGAGGAAUUAUCCGAGAUGUUAAGAUCGCUCGUUGAGAUUGCACGUACUACCAGUCUUUCCGAUGAUCAUGUCACCGAACUCAUCGAUGGAAUGUUUCAAGACGCUGGUCUUGAAAGAAAGAAUUAUCUUACUUACAAUGAUUUCAAGUUAAUGAUGAAGGAAUACAAAGGCGAUUUUGUUGCAAUUGGAUUGGAUUGUAAAGGAGCGAAACAAAAUUUUCUGGAUAUGUCGACGAACGUCGCUCGAAUGACAAGCUUUCAGAUCGAUCAGCUGCCACCCGAAGAUUCGAAGAAUUGGGCCCGCAAACAAUGGGACGCGAUAUCGACUUUUCUCGAAGAAAAUAGACAAAAUAUAUUUUAUCUUUUCGUGUUUUACGUUAUCACUAUAGCUCUCUUCGUCGAAAGGUUUAUACACUAUUCAUUCAUGGCUGAACAUACGGAUUUGAGACACAUUAUGGGUGUUGGUAUUGCGAUAACUCGGGGAUCAGCAGCAGCUUUGUCAUUUUGUUACAGUUUAUUACUUCUCACGAUGUCUCGUAAUCUAUUGACCAAAUUGAAAGAAUUCUCGAUCCAACAGUAUAUUCCACUGGAUUCGCACAUACAAUUUCACAAAAUAGCCGCGUGCACGGCUCUCUUUUUUUCCAUUUUACAUACGGUCGGACACAUCGUGAAUUUUUAUCACGUAUCGACGCAACCGAUAGCGCAUCUCCGCUGCCUCACAAACGAGAUCAGUUUUCCAAGCGAUGCGAAGCCAACUAUUACAUUUUGGCUCUUUCAAACGGUGACAGGCUUAACCGGUAUUCUACUUUUCCUCGUAAUGACGAUCAUUUUUGUUUUCGCACAUCCUACGAUACGCCAAAAGGCAUAUAAAUUCUUUUCGUUAACUCACAGCUUGUAUGUAUUAUUUUAUGCAUUAUCCCUGAUCCACGGUUUAGCCAGAUUAACUGGUUCUCCAAGAUUUUGGAUUUUCUUUGUUGGUCCGGCGAUCAUCUAUGCUUUGGACAAGGUCGUAAGCUUGAGAACGAAAUACAUGGCUCUUGAUAUCAUUGAGACGGAAUUGUUACCCUCCGAUGUAAUAAAGAUAAAAUUUUACAGACCUCCGAAUCUUAAGUAUCUCUCAGGUCAAUGGGUACGUCUCUCAUGUACAGUCUUUAGAUCGAACGAGUUCCACUCAUUCACCCUCACUUCUGCGCCCCACGAGAACUUCCUUUCGUGUCAUAUCAAAGCCCAAGGUCCAUGGACCUGGAAAUUACGGAACUACUUUGAUCCUUGUAACUAUAAUCCGGAAGACGAGCACCCUAAAAUACGAAUCGAGGGACCGUUUGGAGGUGGAAAUCAAGACUGGUAUAAAUUCGAAGUGGCAGUUAUGGUCGGUGGGGGAAUUGGAGUUACCCCGUAUGCUUCUAUGCUGAAUGAUCUCGUCUUUGGUACUUCCACUAAUAGAUAUUCCGGAGUUGCUUGUAAAAAGGUAUACUUUCUUUGGAUAUGCCCAUCGCACAAACACUUUGAGUGGUUUAUCGAUGUUCUCAGAGAUGUCGAAAGGAAAGACGUAACCGACGUUCUCGAGAUACACAUAUUUAUAACUCAGUUCUUUCAUAAAUUCGACUUACGUACUACCAUGCUUUAUAUUUGUGAGAAUCAUUUUCAAAGAUUAUCUAAGAAGAGUAUAUUCACUGGACUGAAAGCCAUUAAUCAUUUUGGUCGACCAGAUAUGACCUCGUUUCUAAAGUUUGUUCAAAAGAAACAUAGUUACGUCAGUAAAAUAGGAGUAUUUAGUUGUGGACCACGGCCUUUAACUAAAAGCGUAAUGUCUGCUUGCGACGAGGUGAACAAGGGCCGUAGACUACCAUACUUUAUCCAUCAUUUUGAAAACUUUGGCUAGUUAUUGCGAGAAGAGAACCGGAAAGUCGCUACUUUCUAGCGAUUCCUUUGGAACUUCCUAACGAGAGUGUACAUAUUUAUUGUGCUAGUGCGCGUGUUUUAUUUAUAAUUAAUAUUAUAUUUCUUAUUUAUGAAGAGAGAUUACUCACGUCAUUGAACCAUAUCCUAAUUUUCCAAUAAUAGGAUUCAAUGAAUGAAUAUUUUCCGCUUUUAGUGGAUUACUAGUCGGUGAUGAUAAUUAAAAAAAUUUAAUAGAUAUACCAAUACCAGUCAAAAAUAAAA